AAGUAGGUAUAUACACAAGAUUGGCGCAAAAUAUAUUAGCUUAUGCAUAAUUUUGUAAGACGUUAAUAAUGUUGAAAUUACACAGGUAAAACAAGAAGAAUUUUAAAAAUAGCAAAAUAAUUUAAACUUGUGUUCAAAUAUUUGCGUUCUGUCUGACAUUAUCGACGUAAAGAAAUUCACGUUUGGAGGAUGGAUUACUAUACGUAAUUUCUAUUAAUGCUAUAAAAAAAAAACGUAUUUAUUUUAUUGAAAAUAAAACGAUGUAAACUUAUAGCUGACAAUGAAAAAUAUGACACAAUAUCCGAAACUACAAGGUGGGACUGGAAAUCACGGUGGUGAAUAUCAAAUAAAUUUGUUAACUUAUUUUUUACUAAAGGGUUAUAUCAACAACAAAACAAAAUUUAGGCUCUCUACUGAAAAUCUACAUGCAGAAGGUUUUGAUGAUGUUGUAUAUGAAACUUCAAAUAUGGAUCUUCUGAUCCAAGCCAAACAUCACUUAUACAAGACAUUCGACCUGUGUCAUAUAGAUCCUCGUAAUAAGCUUAACGGCCUUUACAAAUAUUUUAAAUUUUGUGAAAAAACGGAAAAUUUUAAGAAGUUUUCAAAUGUUAAGCAUCUUAUAUUAGCUACAAAUGGAACAUUCUUGGGAAAACCGAAACUAAUAGAAGAACUUAUUGUUAAAAGACAAUCUGCCGAUAGUCAAAACUAUAUAUUUAAUACAUUUGAUGGAAUUGAUGAAUAUUACAAUUUUAAUAAUAAUACAGAAAACUUCGAUGAGACUUUUAAAUAUUUUCUAGAAAAAUUGAUUCUUAUUAAUAUAUCUGACGACCAUCUAAAAAAUAAAAUUCAAAAAUUUGUUAAAAAAAUUAUAUAUAUCGACGAUGAACAUACGAAGGAUUUUAUAAGGUUUUUGCACGACGAAAUCAAAAAUUGGUUAAAUCAGACCAAAGGAGAAUAUUUUACUUUUGUCGAUGUUGAAAGAAUUAUAGCGGAUUAUAAUACAGAAAAUUAUAUUGACCAUAUAAAAAGUAAGUUUAAUUGGAAUUUUAAAACACAUGACGAAACAGAAAACCCCACAUCAUCAAUUAUGACCAAAAUCCAAGGGAAAAAGAAAGUUUGCUAUGAAAUUAAACGCAAGGAAUAUUACGGAAUUCAUGUCUUAAAAAUUUUAGCAUGCCAUGAAAAGAAAAAAGUAAUAGUGGGGAAUCCAGGGAAUUUAUUAAACAGUCAAAAAUCUAUUAUUCCUGCUUUCACUACAAACGCUCCUGAAUUCCUAAUUAUACCUUUGUUUGAACAAGUACCUGAGGAUACUAAACAUGAUUUAGAAGCCAUGUUAAAAAGUAUAUCUGUCAAAGAUUACAAGACUGUCAUAUUUAUUACCCACAACAGAAAUAUUAUCAGUCAAUUUAAGCCAGACCAUACUAUUGAUGAACCUAUUAAAUUUGAUGAUUUUGACUCUGAAAGCCAAACAAGAAUUCUUUUCAAAGAACUCGAUUUCCAAGGUAGCAACUUAGAAUUAAGAGAACUUUUAGAACACCAUUGUCUUAAAAAUAUGCAAGAUGAAGAUACCCUAAUAGAGAUAUUAUCUGAUAAGAAAUUUAAAAUACUUUCUUACGAUGAUACAAAAAUCACAAAUUUUUAUAUACCAAGAAUUAUCUGUUUUCCUUAUUCAGACCAAACUGAAGAAAAUUUCGCUAAGUGGGUAGUAAACGAACCAAAUAAUAAAUUACUUAUUAUUGCUGAUGAACCAGGAAUGGGAAAAUCCACCAUUCUGUCAAAUUUGAAAAAUAGUCUAAUAGCAAAUCACAAAUAUUGGUUUCUAAAAAUAAACUUAAAUAUGUGCCAAGGUAUUUUAAACAAAUAUAAACAUUGCAAGGAUACCGAAUAUGACAUGAAACGAUUUCUGUGUGAUAUCAAACAACUAACGUGCCAUUUUGAUAAAAUGCUUUUUGGUAUGUACAAGAUAAUCAUCAUAUUCGACGGUUUUGAUGACGUUAGUCCUGACUAUGACGAAGUUGUAUUAAACCUAGUAAAACACUGUUUAAACGCUUCAAAUAUUAAACGAAUAAUAGUCACAACUAGAAAUAACUGUCAACAUAUCUUCAAUUUGCCAAAUUCAGUUGUUUGCUCAUUACAACCAUUGAACAAAGACGAACAGUCCAAAUUUCUACUUAAUUAUUGGUGCGGUCAACUAACUAUAGAAAAUACACAAACAAACAUACAAAAAUGUAGCGACUUUGUAGAGGAAAUUAUUACAAAAAUGUCUGAAAACUUAAGAUAUUGUUUUGUUAACACUUUCCUUAGCAAUCCCUUGCACUGUAGUUUAGUAGCUAAAAUUUUUGAAAAAGAUUGCUGGAACUAUAUUAACACGGGAGCAUUUGAUACAACUGCUCUUGUUGAACUCAAUAUAACGCAAUUAUAUACUAAAUUUAUCAACACAAUCAAAGAGGAAUACAUGAAGAAGAAUGAUUGUAACGGUAAUAUUACUUUAAUGCGAUCAAUGGAAUCUUCCUUUAACAUGGCAAUACAAUAUCAUGGGAAAUGCGCCUUACAGUUUCUUUUUCCCGAACAUGACGUACAUCGAGAUUUUAGAAUUCCUCCAUACUCCUUUAGUGUUCAUGAUCACGAUAUAAGUAAUAGAAUAGGAAUUUUGAACACUAGUGAAGCAUCAUUUAGCUUUAUACAUAAAACAUUUGCUGAAUAUUUUGUUGCUGAGCAUCUAACUCAUGUAAUCAACAAAAGCUCUGACGACAAUAAUUUUUUGAAGAUUUUAAUUACUGAAGUGUUACUGAAACCAAAGUUUGCAGCGGUACAAAUAUUUAUGGAGGGAAUGUUGAAAGGGAAAGUACUGUCAGAUGAAAUAUAUAAAGCAUUUGGUAGUGAAUUAACUGGGGCUUUACAAAGUGAGAACGAUUUGAACCUUAUGGCUAUUAAUAGAUGUUACACUUUAUUAGAAAUUUUAUUAAAGGCAUGCGACUGUUUCGAAAAAAUUAUUACAAAAUAUUUAAUUUGGUCAUUAUUAGAUGAUAUUAAUUUAGUAAAACUAUUAUUAAAAAAAGGAGUUUGUGUACUCCAAGUUAACCAGGAUAAACAAACCUUACUUCACAAAGCAAUAUUAUCAAAUAAUGAAACAGUAGCACUUUAUUUGAUUGAUUUUGGUUUGGACAUUAACCAUAAGGAUUUUUUGGGUAAUAGUCCACUACACUACGCCGUUGAAAGUAAGAAUCUAAAUAUUGUAAAUAAGUUACUCUCUAAUAGCAAAAUAAACAAAAAUUCCCGAAAUCAUAACGAAGAAACUGCAUGUCAUAUAGCGGCUCGAGAAAAUCUUAUCGAAAUACAAUCUUGCUUAAUUAGUGCAAACGUUGAUAUAGACACUUUAGACAUAAACAAUCGGACACCUUUUCUUACUGCCAUUAUACAUAGACAUUUUGAAUUUGCAAAAGUGUUAUUUAAUUAUAUCAGAAUCGAAAUAACUUCCACAGAGGAGUCUAGCGUAGCCGAUGAUGCACUGCUUUAUACCAUCCAAAAUGAUGCUGUUGAUUUCCUAAAGUUUUUGCUAGAAAAAGGAUAUCCCAUCAAUAAAAGAGACAAUGAAGGUGUUACACCUUUGAUACUGGCUUGUCGUUACAGAAGUUUGGGUUGUGCUGAUCAUUUACUCGAUUCUGGAUGUGACGUCACCCUAAAGGAUAAAAAUGGAAAAAAUGUUUUCCACUACGUAACGAAUAAUAUAAUUUGUUUGGAAGAUUGUUUAUUUAUAAAGAAACUAAUUAAAGUAUAUAAAAGCUCGCUAAGGAACUUGCUGCCAGCAAUGGAUUCAGAGCAGACAGAACAAACACAACAAACCAGAUACUACCAGGAAAGUACAAAUAAUGAAAUUAGGAUAAGUUAAGUAUUUAUUGAGAUCAACAAACACAUUUAAUUUUCUAUUCGAUACACUUAAUUUUGCCUGCUGACAAUGUAAUUGCAAAAUACUGACAUAUUUUGUAAACACUGAUGACAAAUGAAUGGAUUGAAAAGAAAAGUAGGUACUUUGUGUCAUAAGUCAUAACAUUUAUAAAUUGUUACAUUUAAAUAUUUACUUACAUUAAGUUGUUAUAUUGUAUCACAGCUCUGAACCAAAACAUUCAGCUGAACAAUAGAUGUUUUACACAGUUAUAAAGUUGUUUUCUUUUUAAUCCAUUCACUCAAUAAAAUAAUCAUAAAAAGCUGCUGUCUAUUAAUUGUCACGUAGUUUUGAAAAGUUUUUUGUUACAACAGAACAUGCAUGUUGCAUCGGUGGUUCAGUGGUUCAGUAAGAAAAUACAUGAAACAAGCUUAUUAACUAAAACAACGAGUCAUAGAUCCGAAAAUCGAAAGACUUCUUACAUUGAAACCAAAAUUCUGGGGCAACCUAGAUCCGCGCAACCAAAUUAAAAAAGAGACAUAAUUUAUUAGUAAUAAAUUUUGCAAAAAACACAAACACAAAAUACAAUUUUUUUGAAACAAUUAAAAACUAGGGGGAAAUGCAGUUUUUGUUUUUAUUUUAUUCAGAGUUGGACCAUUAUCUCCAGAUAGUUAUUUCUGCUUCUCAGGCAUUAUCAAUGGAGCUAUGCAGUCACAACUCUGAACCAAACACCAACAGACUGCCUUAUUUAAGGGAAAUGACCGCGAAUGCAAUAAAUCCACCUUUGAGACGCAAAUCAGCGACAUCUCUCGUAAAACGAGGAAGACGAAAAGUCUCAGAUACAAAGUUUACUGCCAUUAAUAAAAUAAUAAACAAUAUUUUGAAACUAACACUUUUCGUUAAAAUAAUCUGCUUUCUGGUUGCAUCUGGCAAAAACUACUUUGGUAUGUAAAUGUAACAAUGUAACAAAUAAAGAAAGAAACAUAAUUUAUCAGUAAUAAAGUGUACAAAAAAGCACAAACAGAAAAAACAACAUUUUUGAAAAAAUUAAAAGCUACUUGUUAUAAAAUAUUUAAUUACAUAAGGUGUUCAAAAUGACCUCCUAACAAAUUUAUGCAUGCCUGAAAACGGUCAGUGAAUGAGUUAGUUACACUACGAAGCAUUUGUACAUUAACACUUCGAAAUACACUCUGUAUUCUAUUAUUCA